UCUAAAAUGCUCAAUGACACAUUACUGACUGAAUUCCUCAUCUUAGGUUUCUCCAGUCUUCAGAAAUUGCAGCUGCUGCUAUUUUUCAUCUUUCUUGUUAUGUAUACCUGUACUCUGGUGGGGAACAUCUGCAUCAUUACCAUUGCCUGUCUGGAUCCUCAGCUUCAAACACCCAUGUACUUUUUCUUAGGGAAUCUCUCAUUUCUAGAUAUCUGUUACACCACUACCAAUGUCCCACAGAUGCUGGUGCACCUUGUGUCAGAGGAGAAAAGCAUCACAUACACUGGGUGUAUAGUACAGCUCUAUUUCUUUAUCUCAUUUGUGGGUACUGAAUGCGUCCUGUUGGCUGCAAUGGCCUAUGAUCGCUUUGUAGCUAUAUGCCAUCCUCUGAAGUAUGCAACCAUCAUGAGGAAAGUUCUUUGUCUCCAGUUGGUUGGUGCUUGCUGGGCAAGUGGCUUUCUCAACUCUAUUGUACAUACGUACAUGACUUUCCGACUCCCAUUCUGUGGGUCCAAUCAGCUCAACUACUUCUUUUGUGAUAUCCCACCCCUGCUACUGCUUUCCUGUGGAGACACCUUCCUUAACGAGAUAAUUCUGCUCGUUGUGGGAGUUUUCAUAGGAUGGGUUCCUUUUGUCUGCAUAGUCCUCUCAUAUGUCUACAUCAUCUCUACCAUUCUGAAGGUACGCUCAAGUGAAAGGAGACUCAAAGCAUUCUCCACCUGCACUUCACAUCUGACCAUUGUUCUCUUGUUUUAUGGAAGUGCCAUCUUCAACUAUGUCCGACCAAUAUCGACCUAUUCAAUGGAAAAGGAUAGGCUCAUUUCUGUCCUUUACAGCAUUGUUACCCCCAUGCUAAACCCCUUGAUAUACACCUUGAGAAACAAAGACAUGAAGGUUGCUCUGAAAAAAAUAUUUCUGAUGAAAUUGUAUUCAAAAUGAAAGCGAGGCUAUGUUUUGUCAUUUUCUUUACUAUUUAUUUGCCUAUUUGAGGUUCACAUCAUUUUCAGACUUGAUUCCAGAAUAGAAUCAUCUGAACAAAUUUAUCAUUAGUCGUUAUUAAAUUAAGAUCCACUGAUUACAAUGUUGGAUUUAUUCUCAAUAUAAUUAAAGUUGGCGUUAACUUCUAUCUCACAGAGUUCAAUACAAGCACCAUUGAAAACUGAAAGCAGGAAUGAAAAAGCAUAGCAUUUUGUUCAAAAUUAACUUCAAUUAAAAAGUAAACACAUCUUUGCCCCCCUCCCCCUUCCCGGUUCUCUAUGUGUGUUUGGUUCUGUGUACAUUUGGUAUAGUAAGUUACUCAUAUUUUCAUGAAAAGGGUGUGAUUUGUUUAUUAAAUGAUUUCAUAUUUGAACCAUAGAUGGCAAGUCUCAAAACUCUUAAGAGCAGUGGUUCUCAACCUGGGGUUCCCAGAUGCUUUUGGCCUACAACUCCCAGAAAUUUCAGCCAGUUUACCAGCUGUUAGGAUUUCUGGGAGUUGAAGGCCAAAAACAUCUGGGGAUCCCAGGUUGAGAACCCCUGCUUAAGAGAGAAGUGGUGUGAUUCACUCACAGUUUUAGGUUACCUCUCCUUUAAGAUGUUCAGAGCAGGAUAAGUUCUUCCUCCCCUUACUUAUCCUCAAUAUACUUAUUUUGAUAGCCCCAACUGAUUAUUGAAUAGGCCAACUGAAUUCUAAAUAUUAUUAUUGAACAAUGAAGUUAGUUUUGGCUUGGGAUUAUUGGGAAUGGCUGGGAAAAUAUUUUCCUCUUUUUAUUAAGAAAUCUCAAAAAUGUCUUAUAGAGUUUGGGUUUUAUUAUGUCUGGAUGUAUUAUAAGGUAGAGUGUAGAGAUUCUACCUAUUAUUGUUGUUGGGUAUGAUUAUUUUGUCUUAUAAUAUGAUAAAUAUCCAUUUUUCAACCUUUAGUGCUAGUUUCUGGGGCAAGAUGACAAGCAGACCGACAUUCAAACCACUAUGGCACACUGACUCAAUUAAAGUAUAUAAUUUACAAUCAAUGGGAUGAGCUAAUAAGACUGUUAUUUUGAAUUCAUUUCACUAAAUAGUCCUCUAUUUUAGCCCUUUUAUUUGUUUUUUGUUUAGCAAAAGCUUAU